AUGGCUCUGCACGAUUUGCCUACCGAGCUACUUCUUCUCAUAGCGAGCUUUCUGGAUUCAGAAAAGUCCAUCAACGCGCUAGCACGCACCAAUUGUGCUUUCUUCGCGCAUUUCAACCCCUUCCUCUACAAGUACCACCUUUCCCGUCCUUCCAAGAAAGGCGAUUUCCAUGCCCUUGUUUGGGCAGUCGUACACAAUGAAGCAGGAUUGUUAAUCAGACUCCUCGAUGCGGGCCUGGACCUCUUUGACAAAUCUAUAUGGCAACAAACAUCUACAAAGAGAUGUUUACCAGGGCCCCUUCCACGCCACCCAAUCUGGGAAGCCACCAAGAGAGGCCAUGUCGAGUUUCUCGAAGCCAUACUAGACAAGGGCGAUUUGGGACCGCGUCUAAACGAGCUGAAUUACCGCGAGCUUCUUUCGACAGCCGCAACAAGUAACAAACCCCAGGCGGUUCGAAUGUUCCUAGAAAGGGGCGUCAAUCCAUGGCAAGAGGGAUCUCAACAUCUAAGCGAGGCCGCCCGAAACGGACGCCUUGAGCUCCUUGAGCUACUACUCGCGGACUACACGCAACGGAGCCUCGCGGGCUCGAUUGCAGAAUGGAAGGACGCCUACCGGGCCCUAGGUGUUGCAAAGGACAACGCAGAAGUGGUGAGGCUUUUGGUCGCGGCCGGCAUAGAUGUCAACCACAUGGAGUGGAGAUCGGGUAAUAUCUGGAACUGGCGACCUUUACACGACUGUGUUCGUUAUCCAGGACCAAUGCGGGUUCUACUCGAAGCGGGGGCCAACCCCAAUUUCGAUGAAGAUGAUAAAUGGGGGCUCUUGGCGCAUGCUGUGGGUAAAUAUUAUGUGUCUCCUCCGCGACCUCAGGGCGGUGCGCCGGUCAUUUACUCCCGGUUCGAUACGGAUUUUUCUUCCCAGGAAGUGAAAGACCGGAAGAUGGAGUUGAUUCAGCUACUCUUCGAGUUUGGAGCGGAUCCUAUGCGGGCUGGAGGUGGUUGGGCCUUGCACGGGGCACUGCGAGACCUUGACUAUAAUUUGGCCAGGUAUCUUGCUGAUAAGGGCGCGAGGAUAAAAAUUGCAUAUUUGAAUGCAUCGGACCAGGCAUUGUUGGACCAAGCGGUGGUGGAUCAUGAAUGGAUGACAGUAGCCGAUUUCACACCACUGCAUUGGUCUGUUUUCACCUUUCCCUAA